AUGGCGCUGGCCGUCACUGCAUCGCCACUCCAUACACCUGCUGGAAACAAUCCUCUUACUGCUGUCAAUCUCAUGUCCCCUCAAGAAGUCGCUGGUAGUGCUGCACCUCCCUUCCCUGAUACUGUCACACCCAAUGUUGGAAAGGAAGCUGGUGAAGAGGAAGAUGAACAAGAUGAAGACAAUGAAAAUGAGGCCGAACCCACAAGCUCUUCUACUACUGGUACCAUGACUCCUAAGGCUACUUGGUCACCAUCAACAUCCAUGUCAGAAGAUCCUCAACCUACCGAUCCUCCACCAAGCGAAUCAUCAUCCUAUUCUUCUUAUUCUUCAACAACGGCUGAACCAACAUCGACCGAUGAACCAACUUCCACGCGUGACAUCCUUCCAGUGAGCUCGCCUGAUUAUCUCCCUGAUUUUGAAGCUCCCGAUUUCAAGUCUCGUGAAGACAUUCCUACUGGUCCUCUCACUCGUGGUGAAAUCGAAUAUGGUAUCGAUGAAUAUCCUGAGCCAUGGAAGAUACCUGAAGAAGGCCAUCCAGAGAUUGAAGCUGCUAUGAAUGCCAUUGAUUGGGACCAUGUGCCAAAGAUUAAUCGUCGUUCAGCUGACAAGGGUACAGGUGAUCUCAACAUGGAUGAUUAUGAUGUGGGCGAUGAUACAGCAUGCUGGUGGAGUGCUACUGGUUGUGUCAAGCCCAAGGUGAAUUAUCUUCCAGAGGAUGUGUACAUGUGCUCCGAUGCCGGUGAUUGGGGAUUGACAUUCGAUGAUGGUCCAUUGAACCCUCGACCCGAAGUGAUGGAUAAGAAUGAUGGCGAGGAUCCUUAUGCAGAGCCUUAUCUUUAUGAUCUCUUGGCCAACACCAACCAAUCCGCAACCUUGUUUUAUGUGGGUUCCAAUGUCAUUCAAUAUCCCGAAGCUGCCAAGCGUGCCUUUGAUGCUGGACACACUCUUUGCUUGCACACAUGGUCUCAUAAUGCCAUGACAACCUUGAGCGACGAACAAGUGGUUGCUGAACUUUAUUGGUCAUUGCGUGCUGUCAAGGAAGCCACCGGUGUCACUUCCAGGUGCUGGAGACCUCCUUAUGGUGAUGUCGAUGAUCGUGUGCGUAGCAUUGCUCAUCAAAUGGGCUUGCGUACUGUAUUGUGGGAUCGUGAUUCUCAAGACUGGAAGCUGGAAUCCAUGAGCAACAAGGGCUCCAUUCAACCAGAAGAGGUGGACAACUACUUUACCACAUGGAUCAACGACGCAAGCGGCAACGAAGAACAUGGCCACAUUAGUUUACAACAUGAACUCAACGAGAUGACGAUUGGUAUGGCUGAAAAAUGGUUGCCCAAGAUGCAAGAAACUUUCAAGGUUAAGCCCAUCCACGAAUGCACAUCCAUGGAGAACCCAUACUGGGAGCUCGAUGAAAAGGAUAAUGAACAAGAAGGCGUAGGCGAAGAAGAGGAUGUCGAAGAAGAAGAGGAAGAGGAAGAAGAAGAGGAAGACGAUCUCGAUUGA